AUGAAAGGAUUGAAAUCGUAUUUGUUGGAUUCAGAAAGUUACGAUAGCGAUGAAGAGAGUAAUUCUGAAGAUCCGUUGGCAAUCGUUCAAAUAG